UGAUAUUUAAAGCGUUUGUAAACAAACACUAAAAUAGAUUCAACUUGAAUUUGUACGUACACGAAACGCGAAAACGAAACUACAGUUGCAGGUGUGUGGUGAAAUACGCAGUAAUAAGGUACUGAAUUUUCGAAAAAACGAAAAAAGGAUGGAUUCGGAGUUCCCUGGCGUUAUUGACUUGAAUGUGUCCGGCACGCACUUCCGGACCCUAUUGUCCACAUUGACAAAAGAUGAGGACAGCGAGCUGGCAGCCAUGUUCACAGGACGAAGUCCGGUUUAUAAAGACAAAGACGGCCGGUAUUUCAUAGAGGCGGAUCCUACUUCGUUCAGGGCAAUUCUACAUUUCUUGCUCUAUGACGAACUGCCCUUCAAGGAUACCGGGUGUUCUCCAGCUGCAGGGCAUCACGGCGGAGGAGGGUUGUUUGGUGGCAGCAAUCACAUUUACACACGAACUAUUGAGAUGCUGUACAAAGAUUCUGUAAAUCUUGGACUUAAAAGGCUUUCAGAAGCCAUGAAAUUGUUUCAGGCUAAUUUCAUGAAUUCUAAAAUGGAUGAAUAUCGUCUUAAAAUUAGCGGAUAUGAUAAAACUAUGGCGGCAAUAUUGGAUAUUAUUCCUGCAGAAUCAUUGUUUCAUAAAACGGAGUAUACUGUUAGAAUAAAGCAAGAUUUGCAGACCAUUGAAGAACAGAAAUGCUGUGAACAUGAUUGUAAAACUUUGACUCCUAGAUUGUUUAAAGGCCAACAGUAUGUCAGAAACAUAAAUGCUAUAGUGAAAGUUCAGUUCGAGGUUAACCCGACCAUUCUGUCAGCCUUUGCUAUCGACUUUCAAAACCGAGGAUAUACAGUUCAAGGUUCAUUGGAAAUGUGUAUGUUUGAAUGCAAGAAAGACGUGAAACAAUCAAGAUAUAUCGUGUUUGGCACACAUAAAUUAAACUGCUGCACAGAAGAACUAUUUCUAUUGAACUUUAAGUGGGAUUUGGACACUCAUGUUGUCAAACAACAAGGCAUAUUUGGAAUGAAAAAUGCUACAUUCAAAGAAGUUGCACAAAACACAGGUUUUUCAUUUGGCGGCAAAGAACAGAAUCAGCAGUCAAACGCCGGUUUAUUCGGAAGUGCUCAGCAAUCUAAUAUUGGCUCCAAAUCACCGCAGCCACAGAACAAUGGAAGCGAGUUCGGCAAAGCAACUGGGUUCGGUUCUGUGCUACAACCAGCAUCUUUCACCGCGGGAAAUACGGAUUUUAUUAAUUUUGGAGGAACACCGCAGCAAGGGGCUGAAUCUGGCAAUCAGCAAGUAGGAUUAUUUGGACAGGGUCAAAGCUUUGGACAAAUGCAACAGAAAGGAAGUCCGUUUUCAUUUGGUCCUACUCCACAAAAGCAGUCAACGAAUUUUGGUCCGUCAUUUUUUGGAAAGUCGCCAAGCAAAGAUCAUUCUGUUUUUGGGGGUAAACCAGUGUUUCAAGGUAGUACUGGUUUUGGAAGUCCUCAAAGUAGUACUGGUUUUGGAAGUCCACAACAGUGAGUCCUAGCCCAAGCAACGCUAAGAGAACGACAGCAGAUGAUAAACCGGAAGUAUUAUUUGGAAAACCAUCAUCAACAGCGGCAAUUAUAAGACCGGGGGAGAACACAUUACCGUCAGAGCCAAAUUAAAUAAAUAAAUAAAAAUAUUGUUGAACCUUAUAAACAACAAAAACUAGAGACAUUGUAAUCAAUAUUGAAGGUUUCAGUUGUUCGAAAUAUAGAAAAUAACAUUUAUUCAUUGCAUGAAUGUUUUACCGACAAGAAUGUUUAGAAAUAAAUGAUUCCAACAUUU